AUGGCUUGCAAUGGAAACGAGUUUUUAAUCCAGCAGUUAAAGAGCAAAUGCCGCAUUAGAAAGCCGCGGAAAAAGACCCUUCGUGAGAUCGUCAAGUCUUACGAAAAGCCGGUUUCGGAGCGGCUCAGUCAGAAGAAAGGGAGACCUGAAGACGAGUAUGAGAACUGGGACUGGGUUAAGAACAAAAAUAACAAUCCCUAUUCUGUGAAAGAUGAGAGCCCGGUUGGCGAGACGCUUCUUUGGGCAGAGCCGCACAUGGAAGGAAGACACUUUGUGAACCCUUUUGCAGAUGCGUUGCAUGACAUGAUCAAGCAGGACUUGCCCGAAAAAUUGAGGAAUCGUUUGGACAGGCGAAAAGACAUUUUCAACGACAUGUUCAACGACGAUCAGUUCAAAAAACCCAUGAUACCAGCUUCUUCUUCGACCCCGUUGCUAAAAAUAAAGAAAGAUUCCGAAAAGAGUACGGCUGAAGAAUCACGUCAAGAGCAAGGAUUUGAUGCUCCCCAAGAAUCUGCUGCAAUACCAGAAUCUUCUUCGAUAGAAGCAAUCGCUGCCAUUAAAGAGCUAGAUACGAACCAAAAAAAGAUUGAACCUGAUCUUCGUGAGGAAACGCCUCUAUCACCAGAAAUUCCUCUUGUUGAAUGGGCAACUGACGGCAUUAAAUCCAUUUUCCCCGAAAAUCAGAAAAUCCAAGAUCCAGUUGAUGCUGAUUUGAUCGAGGAGACAGAAGAAAUGAAAGAUGCACGACCAGAAAUCGACCGGCUUCCUGAAGCAGUAGAAUUAAAAGAUAAAACGAAAGACAAGAACCCCGAUGAAGUAAAACAACAAGAUGAUGGUGGAGUUGACGAGCUCUUUCCAGUGAAAGAUGACGAGAAAAAUGAGGAUCCGGGAAGCUCUGAAUCUGUCGAGAGUGGAUGCAUGAUGGUCAAUGAGAGUGGGGAGCGAAUUUUCAAACCGUCAUUCGCAGAAGAUUCUGAAGAGUCCGACUCAGAGUCUACGAUUGAAUCAAGCAAGGAAGAUGUCGCUGAAGUCACCGAAAAGCCGCUGAUCAGUGUUGAUUCGAAUAAAAACUUCGUAGAACCAGAUUCGGGCUUUCAACUUGAAGGAACAUCCGGCGAUUUUCGAGGCCCAAAUACUCCUUGGAUUGAUCUGACCAUAGAACCUGAAGAAUAUACUUUCUCGUCGCCAAAAAUCGUCAAGCAAGAAGACGACAAUGAGGUUCAACGCCAAAGAGACAUUUUGGUCGAAAAGUUAUUGGUUCGAAAUUUUAUCGAGAAUCCGAGCCCUCUAAGUCGCCGGAAAAAUGCACCUGCCGGCUCUUUGCAGAGUCCGAUUCAGAAGAGUCGUCGUCGACUUGUGCUCGAUCCUCGUCCCCAUCAAGUCAAUCCAGAGCCAUUGAAGAUUCCACAAGCCGAUGAAGAUCAGUUAACUCGCUGUCAAGAAUACGCAAAAGAUAUGCCAUCACCGUACCAAAACCCAACGCGAACAUUCCCUGGCCAAUCAACUCCGCUGGAUCGAAUCGUCGCCACAAGAAGAUAUGAAAACUCGUUUGAGAACUUGCACGCCAGCAGCUCAAGAUCGGAGCUGAAGAGAAUGAAAGAAUGGGCGGACAAUCAGGAUCGACUAAAGAAGAAAAUGAAACUCAACAAGUAG